UCGCUUGGCAACACUCUUCCCCAGCUGAUAAUUCGGCCUGCAUUUUAUAAAUUUUGCAACCUAGAAAAUUUAAUUAAAAAUCAAAGAAAAUAUGCCCGUGGUAAACGUUACGGCCGCUGAGGAGUACCAAAAGUACAUUAAUGCCGACAAGACAACCGUAGCGCUAUUUGCCGCCGACUGGGCGGAGCAGUGUGGUCAAGUGAAAGACGCACUGGAGGAGCUAUCCAAGAUUACUGGCGAGAAACUCCAGUUCAUUAGCCUAAAUGCCGAACAAUUCCCUGAGAUUUCCAUGAAGCAUCAGAUUGAAGCCGUGCCCACAGUAAUCUUCUUUGUGAAAGGAUCCGCUGUGGAUCGCGUGGAUGGCGUAGAUAUUGCCGCAAUUAGUAGCAAAUCCAAGAAGUUGGCAGAAAGCGCUAGCAGUGCUGCGGCAACGGGACAAACGCUGGAGGACCGUCUAAAGGCUCUCAUUAAUACAGCACCGCUCAUGAUCUUUAUGAAGGGCGACCGAAAUGGACCACGCUGCGGAUUUUCCAAGCAGCUCAUCGCCAUUGUAAAUGACACCAACUUGCCCUACGAGACUUUUGACAUCCUGAGCGACGAGGAAGUUCGACAGGGGCUGAAGACAUACUCCGACUGGCCCACCUACCCGCAGGUGUACGUCAAGGGCGAACUUAUAGGUGGACUGGACAUAAUCAAGGAACUGCUGGCCAACAAUGAACUUGAGACCACGCUCAAGGGCUAAUUCCACCAGACUGCGACCUAUUCAUCAGACACCUCAAAUCAGGAUCAAAUUUUUUGCUAAGUCCUUUGACACUUUUGUAGUUUAAUAAAGGAUUUUAGCUA